UGUAUAUGCUAUUUUAUCUAAAAAAUAUUUAUGUAGAAAUUCAAUAUAAGUAUACAAUUUUUUAUGAGGGCAAAUAUUCUUAUUAUUUUUAUAUUUUUCAGGUUGAAUCACUGUCAUGGGAGAUAAACAAGAGGAUGAGCUCUAAGGAGUACUCAAUUGAACAUCGUAAGAAACUGGAAGUGUUUAUGCUGGAACUGGCUCACACACCCACGGAUCUGACAGCAGCUGACUUCUUCUCAGUUGACAACUCCUUCAUCACUUCUGUUGCCAGCUUCAUCAUGACGGUGAUGAUGGUUUUCAUUCAGUUCAUGACUUAGCCGGGAACAGAUCGACAAAGGUUAAAGGACGACUACCCGUGUUUUACCUGCAAUCACUUAUGUUGCCUCAUGCUAAAAAUUAUAAUACACAAUCUCUUACAGUUUUAAUACAUGUUGUUGUGAAAUUCUCAAAUUUUCAAAAUGCACAAAUAAACGAAAAAAACUUUAA